AUGAGCUUGUUGUCUGCCAUAGACACGAGUGCCUCCGUGUACCAGCCUGCGCAACUUCUCAACUGGGUCUAUCUCUCCCUGCAAGACCCCCAUCAGACCAGCGCCUUUGACGCGUUCAGACCAGAGCCCAACUCUUCCCACCCGGAUCUCAGCUUCAGCAAGACUCCCGCAGCGGCGGAGCUCAGCUCUUCCCUCAACUCCAACUAUCUCAACAACUUCUUUCAGCUGCAGCGAAAUGAGGCCUUAAACAACAACGUGUAUAAGAAUGUGUCGCCCUAUGGCUCCCUGAACAACAUCGUGGAUGGACUCAACUCCCUGACGGACCAUUUCUCAGACCUUUCCCUUUCCUCAGAGCCGAGAAAACCCAACAAAAGACCUCCUCCCAAUUACUUGUGCCAUCUGUGCUUCAACAAGGGCCAUUACAUCAAGGACUGCCCUCAGGUGAGAGACUAA